AUGGAAAGACAUGUAGAAAACAACAGAUUCAGACAGGAACCCGUCGGAGGUAGUGGAUUUUGCACUAGGAAAGCCGGAGAAAUUGGAAACUUCAGACAAGAUUCACUGGGAAAACUGGUGGCUGUUGGUGUCAAGACGCUGGUGCUCCAAGCCAUGACUUGCGCAGAUGUGACGGCUGCAGGGGAUGCGGCUGUGAAGGCGGUCGUGGGCGAGGAGCGGUUUGCCAUGAUCCAAAGCGCCAAGUUGCUGGUCGUGGGUGCCGGUGGCAUUGGCUGCGAGUUGCUCAAAAAUUUGGUCUUGAGUGGUUUUCGAGAAAUCGAGGUGGUUGAUUUGGACACUAUCGAUGUCUCGAACUUGAAUCGCCAAUUCCUCUUCCGGCGGGUCCAUGUGGACAGACCUAAGUCAGUGGUGGCGGCCGAAGCUGUGAAGCAGUUUCGCCCGAACGCCAACAUCAUCUCCCACCAUGGCAAUGUCAAGGACCCGCAGUUUGGCUUGGAGUUCAUUGGCAAGUUCGAUGUGGUGGUGAAUGCGCUAGACAACUUGGAAGCUCGACGACAUGUGAAUCGUCUUUGUCUCGCAGCAGAGAAGCCACUGCUGGAAGCAGGAAGCACUGGGCACUUGGGCCAGGUCACAGUGAUUCGCAAAGGCGAGACGGAAUGCUUCGAAUGCCAGGCCAAACCCAGCCAAAAGGUGUAUCCCUAUUGUACCAUUCGAUCCACUCCAGAGAAGCCUGUGCACUGCCUGACAUGGGCGAAGAAUCUCUUCGAUCUGUGCUUCGGUCCUGAAGAUGAGUCCAACCUUCUGGCAGAUUUGGCUGCGGAAAUGCGCAAAUUCCAGGCGCAGGAGUCCGUGGAUGGUGAAGAUGCCGGAAGACGAAUUUUUGCUCACUUGUUCGAAGAGGAUAUCAAAAAACAGGCUCAGUUGGAAGAUCUCUGGUCGGAUCAACGUCCUCCACCAGGGCCUUUGUGUUAUGAAGAUGCCUUGAAGAACACGGAACGCCCUUCAACAGAUGCUGACAAGGACAAAUUGGAGACUCAGAAAGUGCCCAGUGUCGCGGGCGAUGCCCAAGGCUUUGUCGCGGCAGUGGCCAAGAUGUAUGGCGAGAGGCGUGAGCUUAUUGGGCAAAGCUCAUUCAGCAAGGACGAUCCAGUGGCAAUGGAUUUCGUUCAUUGCGCCGCCAAUCUGAGAAUGCAGAACUAUCGCAUUGGCAGGCUUUCUCGCUGGGAUGCGCAGUCCAUUGCAGGGUCCAUCAUUCCUGCGGUUGCAAGUACCAAUGCCAUUGUGGCAGGGCUGGAAGUCGUUCAGCUUCUCCAUGUGCUCCAAAGUGUGGGCAAAAACAUGAAGGACAGCAAAGCGCGCACUGUGUGGGUGCGCUUUCCGGAGCCCUCCCGAAAGAAGAUCCUGCAACCCAGUUCUCUCCACACGCCGAAUCCCGAUUGCUUCGUGUGUGGCUCGAGAACAGCUCGGGUGGCUUUGAGGAGCCUGGAGGAGUGCAAGAUCAUGGCUUUGGCCAAGGGCUGCAUCCAGGGUCAGCUGGGUGCCCACAAGCCAGCGCUUUACGCCAAUGGCUCGUGCAUUUUUGACCCUGAGUAUCCUGAGCCCGGAGAAGAGGCCGAAGAGGAAGGUUUGCAUCCAGAGUGGUCGCUCAGCCAGUGGGGUUUGACCAGCGGCUCGUUACUGCAGGUCGAAGAUGAAGGUCAAGGUUGGUCAAUCAACUUGGUGAUCCGCGAGGAGCCAGAUCUGGAUGAGCAGCUCUAUCCAGGGGGCUUCAAGGUCAGCCAGUGGCCUACCCAGUGGUGGCUACAGGUGGAAGCAGGGGCUGGUGCCGGCGAAGAAGCAGCCAAGGACAUGGCCGAGAAGAAGCGAAAGGCGGAGGCUGAUGCAGCGGAGGCCACAGCAGCCAAGAAGGCACAGUUGGAUGCCAACACGGUUGCCCUAGAUGACUGAAAAGGUGUGCGUGAACAUGGAGUCUCCUGGCACUCUGUCGCUGGUGUGUGUUGACCGUUCGCCACAGAAAUCUCUUCAGCACUCCUCCAUCAGGAUUGGUUCCAAAAGGACUCCACAAAAGCUCC